GCAGUGUCUUUCUGUGGAAACAAUCUAUGAUUUUGCAAUCAUCCCCCAUUUGAAGGAGAAUUUACUGUGAUUUUCCCGGCUGACAGCAAUACUACAAUAAAAAUGGAUUUAUAAACGAGAAAAAAGUGGAAGGGGAUGAAGCGGUUGUAUAGUUGGCAGGUACAUAGCGCUUCCAAAGGUGUCUAGUCCACUUCCAGAAACCUCUACUUUCUGUCUAAAUAACAAAUACCCACUUUUCUUCUGCUUAAUGCAUCCUCCUCCUACGUCUCCUCCAUUUGUUUCUUCUUCUAAUUCUCUCUUUUUUCAUUGAAGAUGAUCAUAUUCGUCUUGCUCAAAUUCAUUCAGAAUCAUUCUUGAAUUGGGUUUUCAACAACCAUGUCUUUCUAUAGAAGAGCCAAGUCUGCAUUCAAUGCGCUUCGGAGCGCAAUACCCAGAACCCCAAUUCAGGAACCCACCUCCAGAAUCACCCACAAUCCUUCUUCGAUUUACAGCUCAAAUAAUUCUAGGGUUUCUGGGUUUUCUCCGUUCUCUUUGAUUUCUUCCCAAAUUGGACUAAAGCGGUGCUACCCCAAUCCAUUUCUUGGUGGCGCAAGGCGGUACUACUACGUCGAUCGGUACCGCGUUCAGCAUUUCAGGCCGCGAGGACCGCGAAGGUGGUUUCAGAAUCCAAGGACUGUGUUCAUUGUUGUAGUGGUGGGAUCUGGGGUUCUGAUCACUGUGUAUUUUGGGAAUUUGGAGGCGAUUCCGUACACAAACAGGACCCAUUUCGUGCUUUUGUCGAGAAGCAUGGAAAGAAAAAUAGGGGAGGCGCAGUUUGAGCAGCUCAAAGGCACCUUUAAGGGCAAGAUACUGCCGGCGAUUCACCCAGAUAGUGUGCGUGUGAGGUUGAUAUCAAACGAUAUAAUCAAGGCGUUGCAGAGAGGGUUGAGUCAUGAACGAGUGUGGAGCGAUCCAGGGUAUGCGGCGGAAGGGGAUUUUAUGAUUGAUGAAGCGAGGACGCGUGAAACAUUGGCAGCAUUGAUGGACACCCCUCCGGGGAAGUGGCAUAAAGAUGAUGAGAUUCUUGAUGAUAAGUGGGUUCAUCAGAGUAGGAAGGAGGCUCAAGAACGCGGGUCACGGCCAACGACCCAGCAUUUGGAAGGAUUGAACUGGGAGGUUCUGGUGGUGAAUGAGCCUGUUGUGAACGCCUUCUGUUUGCCCGGUGGGAAAAUUGUGGUUUUUACGGGAUUGUUAGAGCAUUUUAGGACGGAUGCCGAGAUUGCAACCAUCAUUGGGCAUGAGAUUGGGCAUGCUGUGGCUCGGCAUGCAGCAGAAGGGAUAACAAAAAACCUGUGGUUUGCCAUUCUGCAAUUGAUACUUUAUCAGUUCAUUAUGCCUGAUGUUGUCCAUGCAAUGUCCACUCUCCUUCUAAGGCUUCCUUUUUCAAGGAGGAUGGAAAUGGAGGCAGAUUACAUUGGCUUGCUAUUGAUGGCUUCAGCAGGAUACGACCCUCGAAUUGCACCCAGAGUGUAUGAGAAGUUGGGGAAGGUGGCAGGGGAUUCGACACUAAAAGAUUAUCUUUCUACCCAUCCAUCUGGUAAGAAGAGAGCUCAAUUGCUGGCUCAAGCCAAAGUCAUGGAGGAAGCCCUCACUUUAUACCGGGAAGCAAGAGCAGGCCGAGGAAUCGAAGGUUUUCUUUAGGACGUCAGAGACACCAUCAUGUAAACUACUCUCUGUACACAAGAUGGUGAUCGCAGGUCGUGGAGUUCGAAAAUUUUCAAUAAUUGUUCAAAUCAUCUCCUGCAAUUUUUUUCCCAUCACCUCUGUAAUAAUAAAAUUUGCAUUUCUUGGGAUGCCUUUCGAUUGUGCUUCUUCUUCUGUUUCCAUCUGUAAUCUCCUUUCUGCUUGAGAAUUUUGGUUCUUCAUCCUCAAAUUAAAAAAAAAGAAAAGCAAAACGUUUCAGUUUACGGUUA